UACAAACAAAACUUUGCCUGCAGCCCUAACUUUCCAAACCUUAGCUACAAUAAUACAUCCUUCAAUAGCAUCUGCUCAUCCUUAUCCGCCAUUCUCUCCCAUUUUACUCGGCCAUAACUCACAAGAAAUGGCGUCUGCAAAUGCUCUCUCUACCGCUUACCUCUCUUCUCCCAAACAGGGUAGUUUGAGGAAGAGUGGUGUGUUGAGCAGAAGGCCAGGGCAGAAAUUGAAUUACAAGAGAUUUUCGGCUCCCGCAGGAGGAUUGGUUGUGCGAGCUUCUGCAAAGGAUAUUGCUUUCGGACAGAGCUCUCGUUCUGCUCUACAAGCUGGCAUCGACAAGCUUGCAGAUGCUGUCGGCCUUACUCUUGGUCCUAGAGGAAGGAACGUUGUUCUUGAUGAAUUUGGAACCCCAAAGGUGGUUAAUGAUGGUGUGACCAUUGCUAGGGCGAUUGAGCUACCCGACCCAAUGGAGAAUGCUGGUGCAGCCUUGAUUAGAGAGGUCGCAAGCAAAACAAAUGACUCAGCUGGUGAUGGAACAACAACCGCUUCAGUACUUGCAAGAGAAAUUAUUAAACUGGGCUUGUUAAGUGUCACCUCUGGUGCAAACCCAGUUUCAAUAAAGAAAGGAAUUGACAAGACUAUUCAAGCAUUGGUUGAAGAGCUCGAGAAGAAAGCCAGACCUGUCAAGGGACGUGAAGAUAUUAAAGCCAUUGCUUCUAUCUCUGCCGGGAAUGACGAUGCUAUCGGGACUAUGGUUGCUGAUGCUAUUGAUAAAGUUGGACCUGAUGGUGUCCUUUCCAUUGAAUCAUCGUCAUCCUUUGAAACAACAGUGGACGUAGAAGAAGGAAUGGAGAUUGACAGGGGAUAUAUCUCACCUCAAUUUGUUACGAAUCCUGAGAAGUUACUUGUCGAGUUUGAGAAUGCUAGAGUAUUGGUCACAGAUCAGAAGAUCUCAGCCAUUAAAGAUAUAAUUCCUCUACUGGAGAAGACCACCCAAUUGCGGUCUCCUUUGUUAAUUAUUGCAGAAGAUAUCACUGGGGAGGCUUUGGCAACACUUGUUGUGAAUAAGCUUAGGGGUAUCGUAAAUGUUGCCGCCAUCAAAGCUCCCGGUUUUGGUGAGAGGAGAAAAGCUCUACUACAAGAUAUUGCUAUUGUGACAGGAGCCGAAUAUCAAGCUAGCGACUUGGGUUUGUUAAUUGAGAACACAACAGUUGAGCAACUUGGAGUGGCAAGGAAGGUGACAAUCACCAAAGACUCCACAACCAUAAUUGCUGAUGCAGCAACCAAGGAUGAAAUACAGUCUAGGGUUGCCCAGAUUAAGAACGAGUUGUUAGCAACAGACUCCAUAUACGAUUCGGAGAAACUAGCAGAAAGAAUUGCCAAAUUAGCUGGAGGAGUUGCUGUCAUAAAGGUUGGGGCUGCAACUGAAGCUGAACUAGAGGACCGUAAGCUUCGAAUUGAGGAUGCCAAGAAUGCCACAUUUGCUGCCAUUGAGGAAGGGAUUGUCCCUGGUGGUGGUGCUGCUUUAGUCCAUCUCUCGACUUAUGUACCUGCUAUUAGAGAGACUCUUGAAGAUGCAGAGGAAAAGCUUGGAGCUGAUAUUGUGCAGAAGGCAUUGGUGGCUCCAGCAGCUUUGAUAGCACAGAAUGCUGGAGUUGAAGGAGAGGUGGUUGUGGAGAAAGUGAAGGAAAGCGAGUGGGAGAUUGGAUAUAAUGCAAUGACAGACACAUACGAGAAUCUUGUCGAAGCUGGAGUUAUAGACCCGGCUAAGGUUACUAGAUGUGCUUUGCAGAAUGCUGCUUCUGUGGCGGGAAUGGUACUCACCACUCAAGCCAUUGUAGUAGAGAAGCCUAAGCCUAAGGCUGGUGUAGCUGCUGCUCCACAAGGACUUACUGUCUAAUAAAAUAGUAAUGCUGCCCCUUUUGAGGGUUGAGUGAAAGACCAAUGAAAACAAAUCAUGUGUAACCAUUAUGCUUGUUAGCUAGGCUAGGCUAAGGCUGAAUAUUGUCAAUGAGUGUGCGAUUGAUUGCCCCUGAAUUUUGUUGUAAGCUGUUUUGACUUUUGAGAAAGGAAUAAUAAUAUUUAUGGCAUUAGUUUUUUACUCUUUACCAAAUUCAAGCACCUUUCUUACU